AUGGAUUUGCAACUCUAUGAAGAUCUUUUAGUAACAUUUCAACCAAAUAUAAGUGCAGACUCUGGUAUUAAGGACGCAUUACAGAGCGGGUACAGUGGAGAGGAUAGCAAGUAUUUUGACUUGCCUUUAGAGAUUAGAGAUAACAUGUUGUAUAAUAAUGAUAUAAUGUUGGUUUCUAAAAAAGAUGUAAACGCAGUGUUGUUUCAUUUGCAUGAUAACAGUGAACAUGACAAUGCUGAUAUAAUGAGAGAGAACGCAAGUGAGACAUAUUCAUGGCCGACAAUGGAUGAAGAUAUUGUCAAUUAUUAUAAUUUAUGUGCACAGUGUAACCCAAACAAACAAUCAAAGAAUCAAGAUAAUGAUAUUCAAGAGGCUAUCCAGUUGAGUAUAAAGGAUCAAAGAAGUAAAGUGACACUCAAGUCUCCUCCAACAACCAGUACAACAGCCACUACUACAACUACAACUACUAUUUCAUCAUCUCCCCCAACAACACCACCUCCCUCUUUUACACCAUUGACUCUGAGAAAGAAAGCUGGUAUCGAAACUGUUGUUGUUAUUGAUUCUGAUUCAGAUAGUCAACCUUCACCACCAUUAGCCAAACCAAGAGGUAGACCAAGAAAGACAGUUGCUGCUAAAGAAGAAGUUGACUCUGAUCCAGAACAACCUUCACCACCAGUAGCCAAACCAAGAGGAAGACCAAGAAAGGUAGUUCCUGCAUUGAAUCAAGAAGAUGAUGAAGAUGAAGAUGAGGAAGAAGAAGAUAAUGAUGAUAAAGAUCAAUCAGAUGAUGAUUAUAGCGAAGAAGAAGAAGAACAAAAAAGAAAAAAGAAAAGGAUCAAUAACAAGAUCAACCUCUAA